AUGGAUAAGAAGCGAGUUACAUCAGCUAACAAACUGUACAGCAUCUCCCUACCGAGACAACGCUUCCAAUCGUACCCUCCCACAUGCUUCCGUGCAAGUAACAUCCAGUCAAAUCCUCUUCCCGAACCGACAACUCCUUCACUCAGUGUAGCAAGGUGUCCGACCCUGCGCCGUGAUAGCACUAAUACAUUCAUACUUGCCCCCGGCAUUGCACGCAGUACCGGCUGUGCCGUCCGCGUUGCUAACGCCGUCGGCCCGAUGAGCUUUGGCGCAGAUGCUGUAUACGCAGCAGUGACUGCUGUCGCUGAACUCGCACUGGCAGUAUGUGCAGGCCUGCGCGGUGAGGGCGCUGAUGAGGAAAAGUGUGUGAUUCAAUGGAUGGACAUAUUUGCAAUAAGACAGGAAGCGGUACCUUUAUAUGCCAGAGUGCCCAUUGCCAUAAACGGCACCUUCUACGAAGCAGUUAAUGAACCGAUGUGUGGAGAAAACGUUAGCAACGAUGACGGUAGAAUCGGGUCUUUUGGUGGUAGUGAUAAUAGGUGGCCCGAAUCCUUCGAAUCCUUCGCCUGCGAUCCUCCGUUGCUUAGCGGCAGUUAA